CUCAGGCAACAUAUCCGAAUAAAAUCCUACAUUUUCUCUCUCCCAUUGCCCGAUUAAGAAAGCCGUUGUUAGAGAGACCGAGAGAGUUCGACAGAAAUGGCGCAAGCUAUGGCUUCGAUGGCUGGCUUACGAGGCUCCACCCAAGCCGUCUUGGAAGGCAGCCUCCAGCUCAGCGGCUCGACCCGCUUGAACGGAGUCAGCCCCUGCAAGUUAGCCGUUAGCCGACGGGGUCUGAUCACAGUUAGAGCUCAGCAGCUGCCGGCUGAGAGCGAAGCCGUGGCUCAGAGCAGCCGCCGAGCCGUACUCGGCCUCGUAGCCGCGGGGUUAGCUACUGGGUCCUUUGUUCAGGCCGUGCUUGCUGAAGCCAAGCCCAUCAAGGUGGGCCCACCUCCCCCACCUUCCGGUGGAUUGCCUGGAACUCUGAAUUCUGAUGAGCCGAGAGACCUCGACUUGCCGCUGAAGGAGCGGUUCUUCAUCCAGCCACUGGCUCCAACAGAGGCUGCAAAAAGGGCGAAAGAAUCCGCCAAAGAAAUUCUAGGUGUGAAGACACUGAUUGACAAGAAGGCAUGGCCGUAUGUCCAGAAUGACCUCCGUCUCAGGGCCUCGUACCUCCGCUUUGAUCUCAACACCGUCAUCUCUGCCAAGCCUAAAGAGGAGAAGAAGCCCCUCAAAGAACUCACUGGAGUACUCUUUGCCAAGAUCGGUGACUUAGAUCACGCCGCGAAGAUCAAGAGCACUCCUGAAGCUGAGAAAUACUACGCAGAGACCGUAUCGGCCCUCAACAAUGUCCUCGCCAAAAUUGGCUAAAGAGAGGAUUUUCUAUCUCAUUUGUAAUUUCUAACAUUUUGUUUAUGUUUAUAUAUUUAUUAUAUGGGACUGGUUUUGCA